GCGCGGAGCGCGGCGAGGGCCGGGGCUGCGGGGCAGAGCGCGGCUCGCGCGGCAGCCAUGGUGAAGAUCAGCUUCCAGCCGGCCGUGGCUGGCAUCAAGGCCGACAAGGCGUCGGCCGCGGCGGCGGCCCCGGCGCCGGCUUCGGCCGCCGAGAUCCUGCUGACGCCCGCCAGGGAGGAGCGGCCUUCUCACCCCCGUCCCAAGAAGGGGGGCUCGGUGGGCGGCGUGUGCUACCUGUCCAUGGGCAUGGUCGUGCUGCUCAUGGGCCUCGUCUUCGCCUCCGUCUACAUCUACAGAUACUUCUUCCUUGCCCAGCUGGCCCGAGACAACUUCUUCCACUGCGGCGUGCUGUACGAGGACUCGCUGUCCGCCCAGAUCCGGACGCGCAGGGAGCUGGAGGAGGACGUGAAGAUCUACCUGGAGGAGAACUACGAGCGCAUCAAUGUCCCUGUGCCCCAGUUUGGUGGGGGCGACCCGGCAGACAUCAUCCACGACUUCCAGCGGGGCCUCACCGCCUACCACGACAUCUCCCUGGACAAGUGCUACGUCAUCGAGCUCAACACCUCCAUCGUGCUGCCCCCCCGGAACUUCUGGGAGCUGCUCAUGAAUGUGAAGAGGGGGACCUACCUCCCGCAGACGUACAUCAUCCAGGAGGAGAUGGUGGUGACAGAGCACGUCAGCGACAAGGAGGCCCUGGGCUCCUUCAUCUUCCACCUGUGCAGUGGGAAGGACACCUACCGGCUGCGCCGCCGGGCCUCCCGCAGGCGGAUCAACAAGCGCGGGGCCAAGAACUGCAACGCCAUCCGCCACUUCGAGAACACCUUCGUGGUGGAGACGCUCAUCUGUGGGGUGGUGUGAGGCCCCCUCCUGCCGGGCCCGCCCCUGCCCCCUUCUCUCUCCCUCUGACCGCCCUCUGGUCCUCCCCUCUCCCUUCGCUUAGCUUGUACCUCGGGCACCUCGGCAUAGACCCACACGCCCCGCCCUUCCUCCCAGCCCCGCAUGCCUCCCCGCGCCAGGGCCCGCGGAGGCCCGGCCUCCCAGGUGCGGGGGCAGGGGGAACAGCUAAAAUGGUUUUCUGUGACCCAUCAUCCCAAAGUCGGGUCCCC